GGACUGAGACAGGCGGACAGGAGGACAGGGGGCCGGACAGAGGGACAGGCAUGGCGACUGCCAUGGUCUCACCGGGGGAGCCCUGCACCGAGCCGGGGGUCUGGAACGGGACGGCGCCGGCGCCUGCCUCCCACGGCCUGCUGAGCCUGUGCUACCUGAGGGCGCUGGGCAUCUGGGCGCCCCCCCUGUACCUGUGGGUGCUCGGCCCCGCCCGCCUCCUCCUCCUCCGCCGCCGCCGCAGCCCGGGCUACCUGCGCAUGUCGCCCCUCUUCAAGGCCAAAAUGGUCCUGGGGUUCGUCCUCAUCCUCCUGUGGGCGUUCAAUGUGGCCGUCCCUCUGUGGGAAAUCCAGCGGGGAAGACGCCAGGCUCAGGAAUCCCUCGUCCACCCCACGGCGUGGCUCGCCACCAUGGCCUUCGCCGUGUUCCUGAUUCACGUGGAGAGGAUAAAGGGAGUCCGGGCGUCCGGGGUGCUGUUCGGGUACUGGUUACUGAGUUGCUUCUUACCCGUUGUGGGUGCGGCCCAGCAGGCCUCAAGAGGGGACUUCUGGAGCGACCCCCUCCGCCACCUGGCCACCUACCUGUGCUUGUCGCUGGUGGCGGAGUUUGCGCUGGCCUGUCUGGUGGACCGGCCCCCCUUCUUCCCCAAAGACCCCCCGCAGGCGAAUCCGUGUCCCGAAGGCGGGGCCUCCUUCCCCUCCAAGGCCCUGUUCUGGUGGGCUUCUGGGCUGCUCUGGAAGGGCUACCGGAAGGUGCUGCAGCCCCGGGACCUCUGGUCGCUGGGGAGAGAGAACAGCUCGGAGGAGCUUGUUUCCAGGCUGGAGAAGGAAUGGCGCCGGCUCUGGGCCCCCAGGUGUGCCAAGAAGCCGGACGGCGAAGGAGGCGGCGUCCGGGAGGCCCGGGAGACGGAGGCCCUGCUGCCGCCGGGGGACGGCGGGCGGGGGCCGCUGCUCAGGGCCUUGUGGCGUGUGUUCCGGGGCCUCUUCCUGCUGGGGACCCUCAGCCUGGUGGUCAGCGACUGCUUCCGCUUCGCCAGCCCCAAGCUGCUCAGCCUGUUCCUGGAGUUCAUGGGGGACCCCGAAUCCCCAGCCUGGAAGGGCUCCAUCCUGGCCGUGCUGAUCUUCCUCUCGGCCUGCCUGCAGACACUCUUCGAGCAGCGGUUCAUGUACUGCGUGAAGCUACUGCAGAUGCGGCUGCGCUCCGCCAUCACAGGCCUGGUGUACAGGAAGGUGCUGGCCCUGUCCAGCGUCUCCCGGAAGGGCGGCUCAGUGGGGGACGUGGUGACCCUGGUGUCAGUGGACGUGCAGCGGCUGACCGACAGCGUCAUCUACCUGAACGGGCUAUGGCUGCCGCCGCUCUGGAUCAUUGUCUGCUUCGUCUACCUGUGGCAGCUCCUGGGACCCUCGGCCCUCACAGCUAUCGCGGUCUUCCUGAUCCUCCUGCCUCUGAACUUCUUCAUCGCCAAGAAGCGCAGCCACCAUCAGGAGGAGCAGAUGCGGCAGAAGGAUGCGCGCGCGCGGCUCACCGGCUCGGUCCUCAGGACCGUGCGGACCAUCAAGGCCCACGGCUGGGAGGAGGCCUUCGUGGAGCGGCUCCUGCGCCUGCGCGCCCGCGAGCUGGGCGCCCUGCGGACGUCCACGCUGCUCUUCUCAGUGUCACUGGUGUCCUUCCAGCUCUCCACGUUCCUGGUGGCGCUGGUGGUGUUUGCCGUCCACACGCUGGUGGCCGAGGACAGCGCCAUGGAUGCCGAGAAGGCCUUCGUGACCCUCACCGUGCUGGGCGUCCUCAACAAGGCCCAGGCCUUCCUGCCCUUCUCAGCCCACUGCGUAGUGCAGGCCCGCGUGUCCUUAGACCGUCUAGCUGCCUUCCUCUGCCUGGAAGAGAUCGACCCUCUUGCCGUGGACGCGCGUCCCUCCAAGUGCCCUGCCCAGCAGGACUGCAUCGUCGUACACAACGGCACCUUCGCCUGGUCCGGGGAAAGCCCAGCCUGCCUGCACAGGAUCCACCUUACGGUGCCCCAGGGCUGUCUGCUGGCUGUGGUGGGGGCGGUAGGGGCGGGGAAGUCCUCCCUGCUCUCUGCCCUCCUUGGGGAGCUGAAGAGGAUAGAGGGGUCCGUGAGCAUCAAGGGCCCUGUGGCGUACAUGCCCCAGGAGGCCUGGGUGCAGAGCACCUCUGUCCUGGAGAACGUGACCUUUGGGAAGGAGCUGGACCUGCCGUGGCUGGAGAAGGUUCUGGAAGCCUGUGCCCUGGGGCCAGACCUGAGCCGGUUUCCGGAUGGAAUCCACACCUUGAUCGGGGAGCAGGGCAUGGACCUGUCAGGGGGCCAGAAGCAGCGGCUGAGCCUGGCCCGGGCCGCAUACAGGAAGGCCGCCCUGUACCUGCUGGACGACCCCCUAGCAGCCCUGGAUGCCCACGUCAGCCAGCACGUCUUCACCCGGGUCAUCGGGCCGGGCGGGCUGCUUCAGGGCACGACCAGGGUGCUGGUGACCCACGCGCUCCACGUCCUGCCCCAGGCUGACCUGAUCGUGGUGCUGGCCGACGGGGCCAUCGCGGAGAUGGGCUCCUACCCGGAGCUUCUGCAUAGGAAAGGGGCCCUGGUGGAGCUGCUGGACGCAGCCAGGCAGCCGGGAGAAGGCGGCGGCAGAGGAGAAGGCACAGAGCCCAUGGUGACUGCUGGGGACCUUGGAGGCUGCCCGAGAGGCCCGGGACCAGAGCACAGCCCCGAGAGGUCUACCAUGUCCGCGCCUGCAGGGGACAGCCCCCACUCGGAAGGCCCAGUGGGGUCUCGUGUGGAUGACCCACGGGGGGCAGAGUGGCCGAGAGGAGAGGAAAGCCUGCAGUAUGGACGGGUGAAGGCUGCCACCUACCUGGCAUACCUGCGGGCUAUGGGCACACCGCUGUGCCUCUACGCCCUCUUCCUCUUCCUCUGCCAGCAAGUGGCCUCCUUCUGCCAGGGCUACUGGCUGAGCCUGUGGGCAGACGACCCGGUUGUAGAUGGGCGGCAGCCCCAGGCCGCCCUGCGCGGCUCCGUCUUUGGACUCCUCGGCUGUUUCCAAGCCAUCGGGCUGUUCACCUCCAUGGCCGCCGUGCUCCUGGGCGGGAUCCGGGCGUCCAGGCUGCUCUUCCGGACGCUCCUCUGGGACGUGGCGCGGUCUCCCGUUGGCUUCUUCGAGCGGACGCCCCUCGGGCACCUUCUGAACCGCUUCUCCAAGGAGACGGACACGGUGGACGUGGACAUCCCAGACAAGCUCCGCUCCCUGCUCACGUUCGCCUUCGGACUCCUGGAGGUCGGCCUGGCCGUGUCGAUGGCCACCCCGCUAGCCAUCGUGGCCAUCCUGCCCCUGAUGGUCCUCUACGCUGCGUUCCAGAGCCUGUACGUGGCCACCUCGUGUCAGCUGAGGCGCCUGGAGUCAGCCAGCUUCUCCUCCAUGUGCUCCCACCUGGCCCAGACGGUGCAGGGCAGCGCCGUGCUCCGCGCAUUCCGAGCCCAGGGCCCCUUCGCGGCCCAGAGCGAUGCUCUCAUGGACGCCAACCAGAGGGUCAGUUUCCCACGACUGGUGGCCGACAGGUGGCUGGCAGCAAACCUGGAGUUGCUGGGGAACGGCCUGGUGUUUGUGGCCGCCAUGUGCGCGGUGCUGAGUAAGGCCCACCUCCGUGCCGGCCUCGUGGGCUUCUCGGUCUCUGCUGCGCUCCAGGUGACCCAGACUCUGCAGUGGGUCGUUCGCAGCUGGACGGACCUGGAGAACAGCAUUGUGGCGGUGGAGCGCGUGCAGGACUACACCCACACACCCAAGGAGGCCCCCUGGAGGCUGCCCACCUGUGCAGCUCCACACCCUUGGCCCAGUGAAGGGCGGAUCGAGUUCCGGGACUUCGGGCUGAGACACAGAUCGGACCUCCCGCUGGCUGUGCAGGGCGUAUCGCUGACCAUUGAGGCUGGGGAAAAGGUGGGCAUCGUGGGCAGGACCGGGGCUGGGAAGUCCUCGCUGGCCGGAGGCCUGCUGCGGCUCCAGGAGGCGGCGGAGGGCGGGGUGUGGAUCGACGGGGUCCCCAUCGCCCGCGUGGGGCUGCACACGCUGAGGCGCCGGAUCACCAUCAUCCCGCAGGACCCCAUCCUACUCCCCGGCUCCCUGCGCGCGAACCUGGACCUGCGGCAGGAGCACGCGGACGAGGCGAUCUGGGCGGCCCUGGAGACGGUGCAGCUCAAAGCCUUCGUGGCGGGGCUGCCCGGGCAGCUGCAGUACGAGUGCCCCGACAGGGGCGACGACCUGAGCGUGGGGCAGAAGCAGCUGCUGUGCCUGGCGCGCGCCCUGCUCCGGAAAACCCAGAUCCUCAUCCUGGAUGAGGCCACCGCGGCCGUGGACCUGGGCACCGAGCUCCGGAUGCAGGCGGCCCUUGGGCGCUGGUUCGCACGCUGCACGGUGCUGCUCAUCGCGCACCGCCUGCGCUCGGUGAUGGACUGCAGCAGGGUGCUGGUGAUGGACAAGGGGCGGGUGGCAGAGUGUGGCAGCCCGGCCCAGCUGCUGGCCCAGAAAGGCCUGUUCUACAGACUCGCCCAGGAGUCGGGGCUGGUCUGAGUGAGGCCUGGACGUGGUGGAGACUGCAGGCCACUUGGCCCUGUGGCGUGUCGAGUGUGGGCUCUUUUCUGGAAGGAAGAUGGCGGACACCACGGCUGACGAUCACAGACCCUCAAGGCCGGUCACACCCACACUGGCCUGCGCAAGGCCCCAGCCUCGUCUACCUCAGAGCCGGAGUGGGCAGGGGCUCUCGCCCUGGCUGCCUGCCAGAGUCACCUGGGAAACUUGAACACAGGCCUAGGCCCAGGCCUGUCCCUGAACUGGCCGGGACGAUCACGUGUGUACCCUUCCCAAGUUACUUGGGAGGUAAUCACAGACUCUGAUGCAGUUUGAAGAAACGCAGAGCUGGCCGCGGUGGUUAUACCUGGAAUCCCAGCUAUUCAGAGAUAGACAUGGGAGAGAUCAAGGUCAGACUGGAUAAAAAAUAAAGUGAGCAUCAAGACCCCUUCCCCAUCUU